UGAUGAUUCUAUAAGAUGCUCCUUUAUCAAUUCGACCUGGCAAUCGACCCAAACUUGCAGGAGCCAAUAGUAUAUCACUAGGGAUCGGUUGUUGGCAUAGAGCAAUAUGAAAGGAGGAGCCAGAAAGCAAGGCAAAGGCAAGCGGAAGGCCUCAAAGAGAAUUUCUAGAUCACAGAAGGCUGGUCUUAAGUUCCCGGUAGGGAGGAUUGCUCGGUUCCUGAAGGCCGGAAGGUACGCUAAGCGUGUUGGCACUGGUGCUCCUGUCUACCUCUCUGCCGUUCUCCAGUACCUUGCCGAGGAGGUAUUGGAGCUCGCCGGGAAUGUAGCAAUGGACAACAAGAGGAAGAGAAUCAUCCCAAGGAAUAUACAGCUGGCAGUACGGAAUGAUCGAGAGCUGAGCGAGCUUUUCGGGUCUGCUACGAUUCCGGGCGGAGUUUUUUACCCAAACAUUUACAAUGCUUUGUUUGAUAUGAAGAGAAUCAAGAAGUGCUGAAAGGGCUUACCAAAAAAAAGAAGUGCUGAAAGGGUGACAUCGGGUCGGUAUGCUUCUCAGGAGAAUUUUAAGGGUAUCUCUUGUAUCCAAUUUCUUGUUCGCAGAUCAGCUUCAAUUUCUGGAUCACUUAUAUUCGAAUAACCUCAUUUGUUCUUCAAAUGUGUGAUAUUGUUCUACAGCCCAUUCUGCUUCACAAUGGGCACCUGGUUUGUAGCACCUCUAUCAAGAGUUGGAAACCCUCGGGCUCGGCUCAGGGGCGGAGGUAUGAGGGAAACUCAUUGAAAAUGGCAUGAUUUUGUUGAAUCCCGAAAACGAUCUUGAGGGAUUAAUAGGACAUUGAACCGGUUAUGCCGACCAGAUUUAUAAAGUUGAUAUGCAAGAAAACAAGGUUGUGCAUAAAUAUAGCCUUGUUUUUAUAGAUUAGAGGAACAAGGAAUUAUUUCUGAAGCAAGAACCUGCC